UUUUUUUUGUUGCAAUAGAAUACAAAAAAGAAAAACUUUUUUUUUCCUUCCUUCCUUCUUUCUUUUUUUCCUCAUUCACUCCUUCUUUAUAUAGAUCUUCUUUAUUACUAUUUCAUCCAUUCCGUUCCUUAUUUUUUUUAAUUCAACCAAUGAAUCAAUAUACGGAUGUACGAUUAAACAGGUCACGAUAUGAAUUUUUUCGAUGGUUUGGAUUUGAUCAAUUUGAACCAGAACGAGCAGUGACUUCGUAUUGGGUAUCAAGUAAGGUGUUUCUUGGCAUCCGGAUCUUAACCGUUUUGUAUUCUACCAUCAUCAUGUGGGCUAGUGUUGCUGGUUCUGCCAUUGCUCAUACUUUCAAUAUUUAUUUUGGUUAUUUCACUACAUUGACAUUUGUGGGUCUUCAUGCUUAUUUGGUGACAUCCGUUUAUCAUCAUGUUCGUUACAUAUGGUCAGGUCAAUUGGAUUCCUUCUUUAAACAACCUACUGCUCUUAAUUAUCUUUAUGUUUAUUUAUAUCAUACCAUUAUUACAUUCAAUAUUGUUACACCAGUUGUCUAUUGGGCAGUAUUGAACGAUGCUGGAGCAAAACCUUCUCCUGAAGUCAUGUGGGUCAAUGUGUCUGUGCAUGGUGUCUCUUUAGGUUUAAUGUUGAUUGAUGUGAUCUUCAAUCGUAUGAAAGUCUAUACAAACAUGAUUAUCUUGAUCAUCCUUCAUGUUGUGAUUUAUAUGUGUUUGGCUUUCCUUGUCCAUGCAAUUACUGGUGUGUGGGUGUAUGGAUUUUUAGAUUGGAGUCGUGGACUAAGUGCUGCCUUGAUCUAUGUAUGUGUUGGUACCUUCUUUAUGAUUGUGUUCUUCGUCAUGAUCGGUAUACAUGAUUUACGUGAUUGGAUUGCUCAAAAGACAAAUCGUGCUCCUAAACAAACCAUCAGUCCUCGUAGCAUGGAAUAUUUCGCUUUACCUCAACAUGUGCAUCCUGAAGAACCUUCCAUGUCCUCUGUACAACAACCUGUUUAGAGUCUUUGUUUUUUUUUUUUUACUGUUACUAUUAUUAUUGUACUUUAUACUAUUUAAAGCCCCAAAAUAUAUACAUCUACCUAUCUAUUUUAAUGUAUUUUUUUUUUUCAUCACAAUAUAUCAUAUAAAAAAAAAUUGUAAUAAAACAAC